ACCACGGUGACCCCUCCGGUGGUGUACGGCGUGGUGGACCUGUACGGGAUGGCCGUCAAGGUGACCAUCGUGCACAACCACAACCACAGCGACCGCCUGCGCCGCAACAACGCCAUCCUGCGCGCCCUGUCCCCAGAGGGGACCCCCCGACGGCCACCCCGGGACCCCCCCGCGCCCCCCGGGCAACCCCCGGGGCCCCCACGGCUCCUCUUCCACCCCAACUGCGGCCAGAAGGCCGCCGUGGUCAACGAGGGACGCACGGCGCUGCGGCCGCAUGCCACGGAUGACUUCAACCACGGGGUCGUGCUGAGUGCCCGGGCGCUCAGGGACAACGAGCUGUUCCAGGUCCGCAUCGACAAGAUGGUUGACAAGUGGGCGGGGUCCAUCGAGAUCGGGGUCACCACCCACAACCCGGCCUACCUGCAGCUGCCCUCCACCAUGACCAACCUGCGCUCAGGGACGUGGAUGAUGACGGGGAACGGGGUGAUGCACAACGGCACCACCGUCCUGGACGAGUACGGACACAACCUCGACAGACUCAAGGCAGGGGACACGGUGGGGGCUGUGGGGACACCCUGA